CAUUUUCUACUGCUGCAAAAUUUUCUAUUAAUUUUAUAGCAAAGCAAGCAUUGUCUAUUUCAACUACUAUAUUACAAACAAAUGACAUGAUGAAUUUAUUUUUAACAACAAAUUCAACACCAACUAUGAUAUAUUUGUCCAUUUGUGUUAAAAAAGCAAUGCAAAAGAAAAAAGCUUAUGCUGAGACUAUUGGAGUUAUACAACAACAAGCUAAUUUAACUAAAAAAUUUUCUGAAUCAAAUAUUAUUAUUGAGAAAUCUUCUAUUAGAAUAUCUAAUUCUAUAAAAAAAGCUAAGAGAGGUCAGCUACCAAAAACUAAACAUUAUGAAUCAUUAUUAGAAAGUCAAUAG